AUGGCCAGCCGCAGACCGUCCGCCAUCGACUCCCCGAAUUAUGGUGUCGGGCGACGGCAGUCCAUCCUCGACUCGCCCCACUCCAGACGUCAGUCGGGCAUGUCUUCCCGACGCCCGUCCAUCGACCCGUCCAGGUUGAUUCCUAUGGACAAGGUCUCCCAUGUCGGCGGUGUCUCCGACUUCAAUGUCGUCUUCGUCGGCGCGGGAAACAUCAUGUUCGGUUCCGAUGAGGGUCCCUGGAACCACUCCUUCCGUUUCGAACACAAGCUCGGACCGCGCCUCAAGGUGGUCGCGCUGAUCGACCCUGCCAUCGAUCGCGCGACAGCGGUGCUGCAGAAGAAGUGCGAGACGUUCGUGCGCUCCGCGUACGAGAACACGCGCGUGUUCAAGACGCUCGACGACUUCGUGAAGAACAUGUCGCGCAAGGACACGCCGCGUGCGGUCAUCGUGGGCUCCCCGCCCAUGUUCCGUGGCACCACGCAGCCCGGGCGCGACAUCGAGCUCCAGAUCCUCCGCCACUUCCCCGGCGUCGCCAUGUUCAUCGAGAAGCCGGCUGCGACAGGGCCCAGCAGCGAGAUCGAGGAGGCGUUCAAGGUUGCCAAGCACAUCAGCGACAGCCAGACCAUUUGCUCCACCGGUUAUAUGCUGCGGUACUUGAAGGCCGUUCAAAUGAUGAAGCAGAUCCUCCACGACAAUGACCUCACUGUCAUGGCCACGGUCGCGCGCUACGCAUGUGCGUACGAAGCCAUCGCCAAGCCCGACUGGUGGGACAAGUCCAGGAGCGCGGGCCCGAUCAUCGAGCAGGGCACCCACUUCUGCGACCUCUCCCGCUACUUUGGCGGCGAAGUCGAUAUGAGUACCGUCAACGCGCACUCGCUCGAGUGGGACGAGAACGCGGGGCACCUCUCCAAGAUUGCCGUCGACGAGACCGCCAUCCCACCUGAGAACCGCGUCCCGCGUGUCACGGCGGCGACCUGGAAAUAUGAGAACGGCGCAGUGGGCAGCUUCAUCCACCUGGUCGCGCUCCAGGGACACGACUACAGCUGCGAGCUUGAAGUCUACGCGGAUGGGUACCAGCUGAAGCUCGUUAACCCAUACGUGCAACCCAUCCUCUUUAUCCGCAAGCCUGGCAGUGACUACGAAGAAUCGCACAGGUUCCCCGAUGAUGAUCCCUUUUUCUCCGAGAUCUCUGUGUUGAUUGACAACAUCGAGGACAUUGAAGAGGAUCCGGAGACCGCGCAGAUCCUGAGCACUUUCGAGGACGCGUGCAGGACCUAUCAGCUCACCUGGGCCAUCCGCGAGUCGAGCGAAAGCAACCGAAAGCCGAAGGCGGCUGCUCCCGUCCAGAUUUUCUGA